AUGCUCAAAAUAUGGUCUAUGAAACAACAGCAGCAGAAGGAUGCGAAUGCUGAGGGAGCGGGGCCAAAGAAGAAGAAGGUGACAGCAGCUCAACUACGAGUACAGAAAGACCUUGCAGAACUCGAAGGCACCCUGGGCCGCACGAUGAAAACCUCCUUUCCCAACCCCGACGAUAUCCUGAACUUCACCCUGACCAUCGAGCCGGACGAAGGAAUGUACAAAGGCGGCAGCUUCCACUUCAACUUCGCCAUCAACCAGAACUUCCCUCACGACCCGCCGAAGGUGAAAUGCACGCAGAAGAUUUAUCAUCCAAAUAUUGAUCUGGAGGGCAACGUGUGCUUGAAUAUCCUGAGGGAGGACUGGAAGCCUGUGUUGAACUUGAAUGCUGUUAUUGUUGGGUUGCAGUUCCUCUUCCUCGAACCCAACGCUUCGGAUCCCUUGAACAAAGAGGCAGCGGAGGACCUGCGGUCGAACCGGGAAGGCUUCAAGAGGAACGUGCGGACAUCAAUGAGCGGAGGGGCAGUCAAGCAUGAAAAUUACGAGAGGGUCAUUGGCAAGUAG